AUGUCAUCGCAAGACGAGUUGGUGGCCUUGUUCACCAAGGUGGGCAUUGACGAAAAGAAAACCAAGGAGCUUGUGAAGAACAAGAAGGUGGCGCUGGCGUUGGAGCUGAUCCUCACCAACGACCUCGCCGGCGUCGCCCUCGACGCCAAACAGUUGGCGCUCGUACAACAGGUGGCGGUGGAACUGAAGCAAGGCGACAUCCCCCACCGCUCGCUUUUGACCAAGCAAAUCGCUCUGGGGGGUAUCAAGACCGCCUUGCAAGUGACGGAGGGGGUUAAGUACUUGUACCUGGCGGACCCCGUCGACGAAGCCGCGUUUGCUACCGCGGCGGGGAUCGGCCAGGAAUUGAGCGAGGCCGACACCAAGGCGGAGAUUGCCAAGUACGUCGACGCCAACAUCGACCGCAUCACUGCCGAAAGAUACCUGUGCUUGCCCAAAGUGCUCGGGGAGCUCCGCAAAGUGCCGGCGUUGAAGUGGGCGCCCGCGCUGGUGUUCAAGCCGACGAUCGACGCGUUGUUCUUGGAGAAGAUCGGGCCCAAGGACGAGCGGGACGUGGUGAAGAAGGAAAAGAAGAAGGCCCCCAAGAAGGAAGCCGCCGCAGCCUCGACUAAGGAACCGGAACCGGAAAGACUGAUGUUCUCUGAAGGUUUCCUUGGCGACUUGCACAAGCCCGGUGAACAGCCUCAGAAAUACCCGGAAUUGAUGAAGGCCCAAAACGAAGCCACCGGCGGCAAGGUGUUCACUCGUUUCCCCCCUGAACCCAAUGGGUUCUUGCACAUUGGCCACUCCAAGGCCAUCACCGUCAACUUCGGCUACGCCAAGCACUGUGGCGGUAACUGCUACUUGAGAUUUGACGACACCAACCCGGAAGCCGAAGAGGAAGUGUACUUCAACUCGAUCUUGGACAUGGUGUCGUGGUUAGGGUUCGAGCCGUACAAGGUGACCUACCUGAGUGACUACUUCGACCAGUUGUACGACCUUGCCGAGCGUCUCAUCCAACUGGGCCAUGGUUACGUGUGCAUGUGUACCGCCGAGCAGAUGAAGCAAGGGCGGGGGCUCAAGGCCGACGGCACUUUGGGUGGUGAACGGUUCGCCUGUGUCCACCGGGAAAAGCUGGUGGAACAGAACCUCACCGAGUUCCGGGCGAUGCGUGACGGCAAGUACGGCGUGGGUGAGGCCACGUUGAGAAUGAAGCAGGACUUGACGCUGCCGUCGCCCCAGAUGUGGGACUUGGUCGCCUACCGGGUGCUCAACGCCCCGCACCACCGUACCGGUGACAAGUGGAAGAUCUACCCUACUUACGACUUCACCCACUGUCUUGUCGAUUCCUUUGAACACAUCACCCACUCGUUGUGCACCACCGAAUUCCAGUUGUCGCGUGAGCUGUACGAAUGGUUGUGCGACGUGUUGCGGGUCUACCGCCCGGCGCAAAGAGAAUACGGCAGGCUUAACAUUACCGGGACCGUGCUUCUGAAGCGGAAGAUCGCCAAGUUGGUCAACGAAGGCAUCGUCCGCGGCUGGGACGACCCCCGGUUGUUUACCCUUGAGGCCAUCCGUCGCCGUGGUGUCCCUCCCGGGGCCAUCUUGUCGUUCAUCAACACCCUUGGUGUCACUACUUCCACCACCAACAUCCAGGUGGUGAGAUUUGAGCUGGCGGUGAGAGGGUUCUUGGACCAAACCACCCCGAGAUUGAUGAUGGUGUUGCACCCGGUGGAAGUGGUCAUCGACAACGUUGACGACGACUUUGCCGAAGAAGUGGAGAUCCCUUACAAGCCUGGUGACGCUGCUUUCGGCUCGCGUAAGCUCACCUUCACCAAGAAGUUCUACAUCGAUGCUCUGGACGUCAGAGAAGAGCCCGCCGACAAGGAGUACUUCCGUUUGGCCCCCGGCCAGCCGGUGGGUCUAAUGAAGGUGCCCCACACCGUGUCGCUCGUCAAGAUUGAACGCGACGCCGAUGGGAAGCCGGUGAGAGUCCACGUUAACUACGACAAGGACUCCACCAAGAAGCCCAAGACCUACAUCCAGUGGGUGCCUGCUGACGCUCGCGACAUCGCUGAAGUUAGAGUGUACAAGCAAUUGUUCAAGCUGGAGAACCCUCAGGCCCACCCUGACGGGUUCUUGGCCGACGUCAACGCCGACUCCGAAGAGGUGAUCAAGGGGGCCAAGGUGGAACCCGCCCUCACCGAAGUCCAAGCGAAGUCGCCGAUGAACGUCCCUGUCAAGGGCCUGGAGUUCAACGUCGAGGAGAAGCCCGGCAACAACACCGUGCGUUUCCAGGCGUUGCGCGUGGGCUACUUCUGCUUGGACAAGGACUCCACUGACGACAAGCUCGUGAUGAACGAGAUCGUCACUUUGAAGGAGGACCUGGGCAAGAAGUAA